ACGUUACAAGCCAUUUAACAUGCGUUCUAAAAUACAGGCACUGUGGUGGGCAGCCACUUUGAGUAGUCGAACUAGCAGAGUUCUGCUACCUAUUUACAGUUGUGGACAGGAGGUUGUACAGUCAUUUGUCUUAUUAUAUUAGCAAGUUAAUUUAUAACGAAAAGUGGGGGCGAUUUCGGGUGGUUAGGUUUACUGUCUGUGUUAAGAAAAGUGUGCCCACCUAUAUAGGGUAGCGUCUAGGAGUUUGAGAAAAUCGUCCACUGUUGUUUGUUGUUAGUGCGUUGGAGAUUAUAGCACUUGCAGUUCAAGUGGUCAGGGCGUCUGGAGGAGAAUGGCUCCCACUAUCCAAACUCAGGCGCAGAGGGAGGAUGCGCACAGGCCUGGAGCUCACAGAUCUGUGCCAGAAAGGUCGGGAAUUGUCUGCAGAGUAAAAUAUUGCAACACCCUUCCAGAUAUUCCCUUUGAUCCGAAGUUCAUUACCUAUCCAUUUGACCAAAACAGAUUUGUACAGUACAAAGCCACAUCACUUGAGAAGCAACACAGGCAUGAAUUGCUGACAGAACCUGACUUAGGGGUCACCAUUGAUCUCAUCAACCCAGAAACCUACAGAAUUGAUCUUAAUGUCCUUGACCCAGCAGAUGAGAAACUACUGGAAGAAGAAAUCCAGGCCCCAACAAGCUCUAAAAGGUCUCAGCAGCAUGCUAAGGUGGUACCCUGGAUGAGAAAGACUGAGUAUAUCUCUACAGAAUUCAAUAGAUACGGUGUAUCAAAUGAGAAACCAGAGGUCAAGAUUGGAGUGUCAGUAAAGCAGCAGUUUACAGAAGAGGAGAUAUACAAAGACAGAGAUAGUCAAAUAGCUGCGAUUGAGAAAACCUUUGAAGAUGCUCGGAAAAAGAUUACCCAACAUUACAGCAAGCCUCGAGUUACUCCUGUGGAAGAAAUGCCCGUCUUUCCAGACUUUAGGAUGUGGAUUAAUCCUUGCGCUCAGGUCAUCUUUGAUUCUGAUCCUGCUCCUAAAGAGGCAGUUGGCUCUGCAGCUGUUGAAAUGAUGUCACAGGCUAUGAUCAGGGGUAUGAUGGAUGAAGAAGGAAAUCAGUUUGUGGCAUACUUCUUACCAAAUGAGGAAACUAUGAAAAAACGCAAGAGAGACUUUGAGGAAGAUAUUGACUACAUGCCUGAAGAUGUCUACGAGUAUAAGAUUGCCAGGGAAUACAACUGGAAUGUGAAGAACAAGGCUAGCAAAGGCUAUGAAGAGAACUACUUCUUUAUCUUCAGAGAAGGUGAUGGUGUGUAUUACAAUGAACUGGAGACUAGAGUACGUCUGAGUAAGAGAAGAGCAAAAGCAGGUGCACAGUCUGGAACUAAUGCUGUACUGGCCGUGAAACACAGAGAUAUGAACGAGAAAGAACUUGAGGCCCAGGAAGCUCGAAAGGCUCAGCUUGAAAACCAUGAACCAGAAGAUGAAGAGGAAGAAGAAAUGGAUAUUGAUGAACAUGAACAAGACAAGGAGAACCAGGAAAUGGAUGAAGACAAAGAGAAGGGCAGUGAAAGUGAGAAAGAAGGCAGUGACAAGGAGGAGGGUAGCGAUGCUGAGAAUUCACUUAGUGAAAGUGAUCAUGAUGAAGAGGAGGAGAAAGAAGAGAAGGAGAGUAAGCAAAGUGAAAAGAGUGCUAGUGAAUCGGAGAAUGAAAGUGGGGAAGAGACUCAUGACCGAGCUGCCCGUGACAAAGAAGAAAUCUUUGGAAGUGAUGAUGAUGAAGAUGCUGACAGUGAUAAUGAAGAUAAACACCAGGAUGAAAGUGGACGCGAGGACAGUGGGAGUGAAGAAGAAGAUGAAAAACGAGGUCAGAGGAGUAGAAGUGGCAGUCUGUCUCCCUCUCACAGUGUCAGUGAUCACUCCGAUCAUGAAAAUGAUCAGCAGAGUAACAGUGGGAGUGAGAGAGGCUCAGAACUCAGCGAGAACGAGGACAGUGAUAGUGACUAAUCUGUGUUUGCUAUAGUCAAGGACCCUUCAUUCAGACUUUGCCAUGGACCUUUAUAUUUCACAGAAUCUUAUUUCACCUUUGGAUUUUGUUUUUUAAAACAUACGUUUAAAAAUAAUGUUACAGAAUAAACAUUCAUAGACAUUGUGAAAAAAGUGAUGCUAUUAAAUUCCCGAAGUUGUGCAUAAAA